GCGCUAGAUAUUCAGCAUUAUUACCGCAGGGCCUCUCAUUGCUCCGCCACUCGGUGGAAUGUUAUAUAGAGCGGUCGGCUAUGACGGAGUCUUUGGAGUCGGAGUCGCGGUCUUGGCGAUCGAUUUCCUGUUGCGACUGCUAGUCAUAGAGCGCAAAGUAGCGAUGCAAUACGGAAUCGUAGAUGACGAAGAAAACGAAAGAGUCUGCGAAAGUCUGGACGACACAGAUGAGACGCCACUGCUUGAGCGCCAGGUUGAAAUCGAGGAGCAAGAGUUCCGGAUAGCCCCGAUAUCGUCGCGAAUCGUAUCCACGGUACCAAUAUUGGCUUGCAUGAAGAAUUCUAGUCUCCUGACUGCCUUCUUCCUUGCCGCUGUCCAAGCUCUCUUUUUAGGCGCUUUCGACGCGACAGUUCCGACCACGGCAGAAAGAUAUUUUGGCUUUGAUUCUCUCAAAUCCGGUUUAUUGUUCCUUCCUCUGAGCGCCAUGGACCUUCUGGUAGGUCCAUUUGCUGGAAGACUCGUGGACCGGAAAGGGUCAAAAGUUGUUGCAGUUGUUGGAUACAGUGUGCUUGUCCCCGGUCAUAUCCUCCUGCGUCUAGUGCAACCACAAGCAGAUGGUACCGAUCAGGUUGCGUUAUAUUUCUGUCUCUUGGCCUGCAUUGGUAUCGGCAUGGGCAUCAUCAAUGCGCCUGCUGUGACAGAAGCCAGUUCAGUGGUGGAGAAAUACUUCAAAUUCAACCCAACGGUAUUUGGUGGCAAGAGUCCCUAUGCUCAGCUUUAUAGCAUCAACUCCAUGCUCUUUAGUCUUGGACUUACGGUUGGCCCUGUCUUGGCAGGAUGUCUUACAAAAGCGAUCAACUAUGGGAACAUGAAUGCCAUUCUGGCGGGUGUAAGUGCUCUCGCAGCGGUUCUCUCAUAUCGUUAUUUGAGAGGUGGGGUGCCGAAACGGAACCAUUGUAAGUGACAUAGAACGACCAGCAUGAUCUCUCAUCAUGCGUACAAGACAAAAU